CUUUCACAAAGUGCCAUUGUUAUGAUGCGAAGCUCACGUCCGACUCAAUCUCAUGAAGCCACGGUCCACUUCCCUGACUCUGAUGCCCGAAAUCAAGCGAUGAAGCAUGUACGAGCGGUGUCGCGAAAUGCUCACAAAGUCCCCAAGGUGCAAGACUCCAUCAUGCCUGGAUUCAAACCCGCAGAAGAGCGGUCCAUGAAGCAUACUCAAGUCACUCAUGCUGAAUUCGGCACGAAUGGACCAGCUCCAUUCCGACCAGCCAAUGGCCAGGACGCCCAGCCACUACUGAAAAAGUUAAACGUGGUUCGCUGCCGACCGGAAUCCCACGACGAUUUUUUCUCCCCUCUCCAAGCACCAUCGCAAGACAUGGCAAAGCCCUUAGCUGCGAUGCCCUCCAAGCGGGCCAAGACUGAGUCUGAAGACGAAUUCGACGCAGAGUUCGGCGAGUUGCCCAUGCUCGAUCCUUUCGACGGCGAGGACAAGGCGGAUUUGGAUUUAUUUGGGUGAUUUCCUCGCGCCG